UUGUCAUUGCAUGUACACAUACAACACGAUUUAAUUUUUCUCCCCUCCACUUCCUUAUCGUAGUCUCCCACACACAUAUACACGUUAAAAAUCAAAACAACUUGUCAAGAACAGAAAUGAGGUACACAAUAACUUGCAAAUCUUUUGCAUUUUCUGCAGCUCAUUAAGUUGUACACUUCUGUGUCUCUGCCUCUAAUACAGCUAUGAACAAUGGCCAGAGUUGAGAGAUCUUCAGAAAAGUCUGACCACGAGUCAGUGGGAUGUAACCGAUCCUCCUUCACUAGUGGAGACGUGGGGAUGGACGGUAGUUGUUCCAGCAGCUGGGCAGUGGGCUCCACCAUGCCCAGUGACUCUCCAAGGCUGAAGGCUCCAGGAUGCCUGGGACCGACGAUUGGAGCUGCUGUCUACAACAGUACACCCUCAUCUGUGGAGCGGCCCAAGGAGCAAGUGAUAAGCAGUAGCGAUGGAAUUGACUUGCCCCAGAAGGUCCUAUUCUCUCCAGAGCGGCUCGUCCUAAAGUGGACCCAGGUUCACCGCAUUGGUGCAGGCCUGCAGAACAUGGGGAACACCUGUUUCCUCAACUCAGCUCUGCAGUGUCUCACCUACACCCCUCCGUUAGCUAACUACAUGCUGACGCAAGAACACUCCAAAACAUGUCAUGAGCCAGGGUUCUGUAUGAUGUGCACCAUGCAAAACCACAUCAUUCAGGUUUUUGCCAACUCUGGGAAGGUCAUUAAGCCCACUGGUGUUCUCAGCGAGCUCAAAAAGAUUGCAGAGCACUUCCGCUAUGGAAGCCAAGAGGACGCUCAUGAGUUUCUGCGGUACACAGUGGAUGCUAUGCAAAAGUCCUGCUUACCUGGAACCAAAUUGGACAGGCAAACGCAGGCAACCACUUUUAUUCACCAAGUAUUUGGCGGGUACCUAAGGUCCAGAGUUGAAUGUUUAAACUGCAAAGCAGUCUCGGAUACAUUUGACCCUUUUCUGGAUGUUAUUCUGGAAAUUACGACGGCUUCCAGUGUCUCCAAUGCUCUGAAGCAGUUUGUCAAGCCAGAACAGCUGGGUGAUGAAAAUGCCUACAAAUGCACCAAGUGCAAAGAAAUGGUCACAGCCUCAAAGAGAUUCACGAUCCAUCGCAGCUCCAAUGUGCUCACCCUCUCACUCAAACGCUUUGCAAACUUCAAUGGAGGCAAAAUCAGAAAGAAUGUGAAGUAUGCAGAGUACUUGGACCUGCGGCCCUUCAUGUCUCAGUCCCAAGGGGAGCCCCAGCUCUACAGGCUGUAUGCUGUACUGGUUCACUCUGGAUUCAGCUGUCAUGCUGGACACUACUUCUGCUAUAUUAAGGCAAGCAAUGGUCAGUGGUAUCAGAUGAACGAUUCCUCUGUGUCUGUCAGUGACAUCAGGUCUGUUCUCAACCAGCAGUCCUAUGCGCUUUUCUACAUCAAAUCCACUGAUAUGAAAAAAACUGGGGACUGUACCCACCUGAGCCAUAAUCCAGGUAUCUCUGGCCAGUCAUCUCCAGGACCGGUGGUAACACCACGCAUCAACCCUACCGUCCACCACAACAACAUUGGCUUGAUUGGUCCCCAACUGCCACCACACAUGACCAAGAGCACUCUCCACGUUAAUGGGAAUGGAUCUCUGGGUGACUGUCCCACCAGCUCCAAGCCCAGCACCAGCAGCGUGGUGGGAAAACCAGGGCAUGGACUGGCUUCUUCUUCCUCCAUCUCCCACUCAAUCAGCCGGCCCACAAUGGUCCCAGACCACGACAAACAGCAGAAGCUUUCAUUUUUCACUGGACAGGACAAACAGAACCGCCCAUCCUCCUCCUCGUCCUCUUACAGCCAGCUGUCCUCUACCAGCAGCUCCUCCUCCAGCUCUUUAUCCUCCACACAGUCUACCUCAGACGUCCAUUCAGACGUUCACUUUGUUCUACGUCAACUUAACCAUGUUAAUGGCACGUCUUGCAGUAAUGGGGAUCACCACACUGGAGGGAACGGAGCGUCAUUCCCGGUGAAUGGACACGACACCUCUGACAAGAUCUCUGGCAGUAAUCAUGGCGGUUUCUCCUCUGUGGCUCCUGCGGCUAAUGGACUAAGCAGUGACUUUAGUCAACCAAACAAAGAGGCCCAUACUCCUUCCUCAUCCCUGGCCAGUUCUUCUCAGAGCAUUCAUCCUGCUGCUAAUGAAGGCCAGCACCUCUCUACUCCUGAAAUAAGGGCUAAAAGUCUGUCUGAACCCCUGCCUCACCACACAGCACCCAUGGCUGUUAGUUCUCCACCUCCUGCUACUGCUACAAAGACCCAUUCUGUUGCAUCUAUAGAAUCUGCUGCUUCUUCUGGGCAUCAAGGCAACCCUGCGGCCUUAUCCACCCAGCCAGACUGUUCUCAAAGCACCAGUGGGCCAUCUGUAACUCCACAGAAGGUUAGCAUCAGCAAGAAUGAAGCCAAGGACCUACCACAAAGCAAUGGUCCAUCAGCAGUGACUGAGGGACGUCCAGAUACUAAGGAGCAGCAUCAGUCCAAGCCCAGUUAUAGAGUCAAUGAAAGACAAUCCUCCCGAGACAGGGAGAGAGACAGACUCUACUCUGAUACUUGCAGAGACAGGGAGAGACACUACAGGGACAGGAGCCCGGAAUGGCUGAGACGGGACUACCGAGAUAACAGCAAUUAUCUCCCAUACAGGGAUCGUUCCCCUCCUCAGAAACGCUCAAAAAGAGACUGGGAUUCUGAGCGUCGACAGGAGCAAACUGUUCAUCUCCCUAGAGACCGUGAUCAUGACAGAAGCUCUUACAAUUACAACUACUACCCCCAACGAUCCAGGGAGGAUGUGGAUCGUGGGCAGAGGGGAUAUGAUUACUACCGCGAGGACUCUCUUUAUCACCGCAGGUGGCACAAAGAAAGUGGAGAUUCCGGGGCAAUGAAGGACAGGAGCAGUGGCAGGAAGAGAGACUAUUAUCCUUCUAAAGAGGGGACUUCCUUCCCUGCAACAAUGUCAGAAACAAGCAAGUUCAAGGGCUUCCCACCACGGGUUCUCCUCUCCACAUCUGAGUCAGCACUGAACAGGGAGGAUCAAAAUCACAGGAGGACUGCUGAUCAUCCGAGCAAGGAGAGGGACGAUAGCUCUGAGGCCUGUCGCUCUGAAAAACACAAAAAGAGCCAGAAGUCGAAAGAUGAAGACAGACACCGUGAGAGCGGAAGUUCUGACGGAGAUUCCGACAGAGCCACUGAAACAAAAAAGAACAAAAAGAGGAGGCAGGGGGCCAGCGAUCCUGAGGAGCACAGCCCAGGAGCAGUGAGGAGCUACAGAAACAGGAGCAGUGAGGAAAGGGAGAGCUGCAAGCGGCGUUACUCAGACUUUAAGUACUCUAAACAUGACAACGGUUAUUCAGCAGAAAAACGCCGCCGCAUAGACAGUGCUGACCACAGCAGUAGCCAUCUAUCACUCUCCCACCACACCUCACCCACAAACGGUUCGACUCAACGCUACUUCAGCAGAUACACAGGAAACAGUUACAGUCGAACCAAUGGCAGCUCCUACGGAUAUUCCAGUGGCCUCAGACACUGACUAUGAGUGGGCAUCUUUUUUAGUGAUCUCAACUCUACAGUGUCAUCGACAACUUUUUGUCGUGGUGCUACUUCAUUGGGAAUAUAUUGUAUUUUUCCCACAAGUGAAGUGUUUUAGAUGUUCAAGAAUUUUUUAAAAAAUAUUCUUGAACGUAAUUCUCCUAUUAAAAAGAAACAAAUA